AUGUCGCAACGCGGGAACGAGAUGGGCAUGGACUACGAGUGGCAGAAUAAACAUGGCCCUAUGGACUCCCGCUCGCCAUUUGCGCAACUCAGCCAGAACCCGCAGAGGUUUCCUGUGCCUGCGACUGCGACGCCCGGAGGAAAGAGAAGGAACCACAGCGCUUUCGACUCGCCGCAGAAACAAUCCACUCCCAGCCUCCGAACCUCGCCCACCAAGCCCCUGCCACCGGUGCCGGCCUUUAAUAGCUUGUACAGCACGCCGCGCAAGAUGCAAAGUGAUUUUGACGACUCGUCUGCUGGGGAGACGCCGAAGAGCCCGGAACAUACUGAUAACGAUGCAACGCCUGAUACGAUGGGACGGAGCUUGUUGAGCACUUCCAAGGCGGUGACCAAGUACGACGGUGUGGAUUUGAGUGGUUUGCCGGCGAGGGGCAGCCCGACGAAGGAGAAAGAGCGGCCGCAGCCGUCGGCGAGGAGAGAGAGUUUCUUUGGGAAGAUCAAGAACAAGUUUUACAGUCCUGGACGAGGGGAGGUGCCGCGGGCGGAUCACAUUCACAACACGGACAAGAGGGUAAAGAAGCGACGGGACCGCGAGCUGCAGCGACACGUUUCUCGACGGAGACGGCAUAGUGUGUCGGAUUCUGGAGACGAGAGCGAGAUGCUGUCCAAGAGCCCGCGCAAAGCACAGCAAGGCGAAGCGACCGAGUCGAAUGAGAAGAAGCCACACUGGCUCUCAUCACUCUUCACAUUCAUCGCCCAGCAUCCGACCGUCCCCCACAUCCUCUCCUUCUACGCACAACUCGCCUUCAACGUGUUCCUCCUCGCCGGAUGCGCAUACGUCAUCUACUGCUUCUGGGCCGCCGUUCAAGGAGAUGUGGAUAAGAAGAGUCAUGAAGCGAUGGUGGAUAUCAUGGCGGAGAUGGCCAUCUGCGCGGAGAAUUUCAGGAAGAACAACUGCGACCGAACGACGCGGGUUCCUGCUCUGGAGACGGUCUGCGACAACUGGACCAAGUGCAUGAAUCAGGAUCCUUCGAAAGUCGGACGCGCGAAGGUCUCGGCGCAUACGUUUGCGGAGAUUUUCAAUUCGUUCGUGGAGCCAAUUUCGUGGAAGGCGAUGAUCUUCACAGCCUUCAUCGUCUUCGGCUGCUUCGCGACCACCAACUUCGCCUUCGGCUUCUUCAGAGACAAGACGGCCAACGCCGGCGCCCAGUACCAUCCCGCCUACUACCAACAACCGCCACCGCCCACUCCACAACGGACGUUCAGCGGUGAGGCGUACUAUGGCACGCCCUGGCAUCAACCGCCCAUGGGACUGGAGCCUGCGCCUAGUGGAGGGUUUGCGCAGAUUGAGGGGAGGGGGAGUCCGGUGAGGAGAUUGCAUUAUAAUUGA